UCUACCUUUAGUAAAUAUUGCGAGGUUAUUUUUUCCUUUCCUUCCCUUUUUCCUGACUCAUCCAGAAUUGAGGUUUUCCCUCAUAAUUCAAAUUACUUGGUCGUCCCUUGUCCAUUCUCUUCUCCUUGGGCUGUAUCGGAUAGCACGACGCCAAUCAUAUCAUAUCAUCACUCUCGCCACUCGAAACAAUGACGCCGGAAAGCAGACCCGAUGAGAAACCGCCGCCGCCGGGCAACGGCCCGGAGCAAAACCCGGAUGGCGGCCAAACUGCUCCGGCUCCCGCGGUCGGUCGAUGGGCCCGGACCCGGGAGCUGCUCCUCAAGGCGGCCACCUUCGGCCGGGUCGAGGUCCGCGGCAUCACUCCCAUUCCGGUUAAGGAACGGAAUGUCAGCCAGACGGUGAAUAUUUUCACGCUGUGGUGGUCCAUGAACACUAAUAUCCUGGGCAUUACGUUUGGGAUGUUGGCGCCCGUCUACGGACUCAACCUGAGAGACUCCUCCCUGGUGAUUCUGUUCUUCACGCUGCUGACCACCAUCCUGCCGGCCUACCUGUCUACGUGGGGCCCGAAGAUUGGCAUGAGGCAGAUGCUGCAGGCGCGGUACAGCUUCGGCCGCUACCUCGUCUCCAUACCGGUUCUUCUCAACCUCGCGACGCUGACAGGGUUCUGCGUGAUCAUGGCCGUUGUCGGAGGCCAAUGCCUGUCCGCCGUGGCAGAUGGCAACCUGUCGGUGACGGUGGGCAUCGUCCUGACGGCCGUGCUGACCCUCGGCAUCUCGUUCUGCGGCUACAGGGUGCUGCACAGCUUCGAGCGCUACGCCUGGAUCUCCGCGCUGAUUUCCAUCAUCGUGGCCGUUGGCUGUGGCGGCCGGGACCUGCACAAGCAGGUCGUCUACGACGCACCCCCGCCAGCCUCGUCGGUUCUCAAUUUUGGCAUGAUCGUCGCCUCGUACAUGAUCCCCUGGGCCUGUCUCAGCUCCGACUUCACCACCUAUCUCAAGCCGGAUACUCCCCCCUCCAAGAUCUUCGUCUAUUCCUUCGUCGGACUCGCCACCCCGACGGUCCUGCUCAUGGUGCUCGGCUCGGCCAUCGGCAACGCGAUCCCCAACGUGCCCGAGUGGCAGGCCGGCUACGACCAGAACCUGGUCGGCGGCGUGCUGGCGGCCAUGCUCCGGCCCGCCGGCGGCUUUGGCAAGUUCCUGGUCGUCGUCCUCUCCUUCUCGCUCCUGGGCAACCUGGCUGCCACGAGCUACAGCGUGACGCUGAACCUGCAGCUUCUGCUGCCUUUCCUCGUGAAAGUGCCGCGCUAUCUGUUCAGCAUCGUCUUUGCCGCGAUCGUGAUCCCCGUGGCCAUCCGCGCCGCGUCCGACUUCUUUGUGAAUCUGGAGAACUUUGUCGCGCUCAUCGCCUACUGGACGUCGGCGUUCCUGGCCGUGGUGUUGGUGGAGCACUUUGUCUUUCGGAAAGGGGACUGUGCGGCGUAUGACCCCGACGCGUGGAACGAUGCCAGACGGUUGCCGUGGGGUGUUGCGGCGCUGGGUGCUGGCGUGUUGAGUAUGGGACUGGUAGUUCCCAGCAUGGCUCAAGUUUGGUGGACGGGGCCCAUCGCCGAGACGACGGGGGAUAUUGGGUUCGAGGUGGCGUUUGCGUUGAGCGCCGUGUUGUAUGUGCCGUUGAGGUGGGCUGAAAGGCGCUUGACGGGGAGGUGAUGGCGGGGUUGUAACUUGUGGGAUAUAAAGUGUUGCCGGGGAAUGAGGUAAUCAUGGAGGUAAUGACAAGGUAAUGCCGGGAAUGUUAUCUA